GUCCGACUUUCAUAGAAGUUCAAUUUUCAUAUGACACUGGCCCUUGAUGGCACGCGCGCAUGCGUCGAUCAUAAUGUCAUACGUCAAUAAAUAUAAAUUCAAAGAUCGCAUUCCGAUCCGCAUGCAGUAAGUGUGCGCAUAUACGGCGGGUACCGGUUCCCGCCGCACGCACUAAUACAAGGGUUGACUUACUUAGACCAACUUCUUAACCUUACUUAGCAUUAGUCGUACGUUUGUCCUUUGUGUGUUUCAUUCACCGCGUGCAGUUCCAGCGAAGGCAGCUAGCUGUAUGAUGUCCUUCACUGGAAAGCAACGGCCACACGCUCAAAGGUACUCGGGUAACAUGCCACAUCAUCAUCAGGCCCUAGCUUGUGAAAGUCAGAAAAGCAAAGAAGACACAUGGAAGGCUGAUGAGUUGGAAAGGUCCAUCAAGAAUGCAAUGGAUGAUUCAGAGAAAAGACAUAAGCAUGCUAAAAGCAGAAAAAAGGACAAAGAUGACAGAAGGAAGGAGGGGGCAAGAGAGAAACAUUUGAAAUACAAUCAACCGCAAAAAGCACCUGAGAAAGGUCACAGGAGUGUUGAUUAUGAUGAAGCUAGAAGUCGGAAUAGAGAUGACAUAAAUCAUUCAGAGGCAGAUAGGCUUAACCAAACAGAAGACAAAGGAAAAAGAUCUAAAAAAGAUGAUUUUAUCAAGAAAGAACGAGAAAAGGAAAAAAGAAGACAAAUUGAGGAUGAUGGAGACAAUGGAAUACAAGUAACUCAUUCCUGGACAACUGCUGGCAAUGACGGCUAUGAAGACGACUUUGAGGAAUAUGAAGAUGAUUUUGAAGAAUUACCCAGCAAUUCGGAAUUUGAAGACAAUCAGUUGGUUGUUUUAGAUCUGGGAACAACAGAUUCUGGAGGUUCUGAGACAGAUCUUGGGCUUGUUCCAAGUGGAAAACUGAAGCUGUUAAAAAGUUCUUCUGUUGUUUUGGAAAAUCAAAUCAGGGACAUGCCACCAGCUCAACGAGCCAAGAACAUGAAGUUUUCUUUGAAAGAUCCAACCCAAUUCUUUAUCGCAACAGAUUCAGGAUGCAUUCUUCAUGGGAGCAGACAUGGAGAUAGAGUCUCUCCAAGACGAUACAGAAAACAGACAGAUUCUCCUGGUGAGGUGAUUCAUUUGGACUUUUCCCCCUUUGGUUUGCCAUGUUUUUUGGCAGGAAGCAGUGAUGGUUCCAUAUGCUUGUACGGCCUGACUCAAGAAGCACCAUUAUUCACUUGGAAUAAUUCCACCAGCAACAUGCCCAUUGUGUCCAUGAUGUGGUCACGCAGUCGGCCUUCUGUUUUCUAUGUAGCUGAUGUGACAUCCAAAGUGUAUGUGUGGGAGCUGUUGACUAGUCAGGAAGGGCCAGUGGACAUUGAACACUUUACAGAUGGCAGGUAAUUGUAGUGUGUUUUAAUUUUGUCUUAAUAUCCUAACUCCCAAAGGGGGUAUGCAAAAUCGUUAAUAUUUGGAGGAUUCAGGACUGUUCGGGCUAUCAAGGAAUUAUUGAAAGUUGGAGGAGUUGCACGUGCAUACCCCACGUCCAUCCACUUGUCCAAGAUUUUGGUAGGUAAUUAGUUUUAAGUAAAUACCAGUGUUGUAGUCAAGUGCUUUUUUC